AUGAAGGUAGUCUCCGCCCUCGUCACCCUCUACGCCUCGACAGUCCUUGCCUUUCCUGCCAAUAUCCCAGCCUCCGCCAAUGGUGUGACGUUUGUGAGACUCGCCUACAACACCCACGGCAAACAUAGGAGCGCAACCGGUCAGGCCCUCGCUCAUGUCACCGACGAUCAGCCGACACAGAACCUCGCCUACGUCAUCGACGACGAAGAGGGUCCGAACCUAGUCCCCAUCACCGACGAGCUGCUCUUUGAAGUUUCUCUUCCUGAAUUCUCAGCCCGUCGGGACAAACGAGAUCCCGCCGGCGUCGACUGGGAGAGUGACGGCUGCACCAAGUCCCCCGAUUACCCCUUCGGCUGGCCCUACCUCCCGGCCUGCCACAGACACGAUUUUGGAUACCGAAAUUAUCGCAAGCAAAAGCGAUUCGCACAGAUAUCAAAAGCACAAAUCGAUCUCAAAUUCAAACAAGACUUGGUAUAUCAGUGCUCUGGAGUCUCGGCGGAAGACGCAUGCAAGGCGCUCGCCGAGGUCUACUAUCUCGCUGUCCGCCACUUCGGGGGUCGAGAUGCCGAAAAGCGCGACGGAUCGGCCAGGCUUGAGCCAGAAAAUCAAGCGUCCGUGGCAGCGUACGACAAGGCUGUGGCGGCGUGCGACAAGGCCUUCAAGGACGCUCAGGAGGCUGGCCAGCUGCCGGUAUCCGUGAAUGAGCGGGCGUCAGGAGAGGGCAUGGGAUUAUGUCCAAUCCGCUGA